UCAAUAACUCUACUAUUAUAGCAAUUGACUCGACGUGAAAAAAAAAAAAAAUGACGAGAACUACACACAAUGCCUUCUUUUAUGGGACCUUGAUGGCCCCAGAAGUCUUAUAUCGCGUUUGCUUUGGGACAGCAACCCCGCCGGAGUCGAAAACUCAACAAUUGAUGAUCCAGCCCGCUAUUCUGCAUGACUUUUGCCGUCAUCGCGUUCGCAAUUGCGAUUACCCUGCUAUUCUCCCUGAUGCGGGGCAUACAGUUCGAGGAACUUUCGUUAGUGGCCUCUCUCAGAGUGACGUCUGGCGACUUGAUGUCUUUGAGGGCGACGAAUAUGCUCGAAAACCAGUAACAGUCAAGGCUCUUUCGAAGAUUGGCGAUGAGUCGGGUGAGGGAAAUAUCGAAGGCGAAGCCCUCGAGGCAGAAACGUACAUUUGGAUCGCAGGAGAGGAUAAGCUAGAAAAAAGGGAAUGGGACUUUGGCGAAUUUCGCAAGGAAAAGCUAAGUCGGUGGGCCGGCAGCAGUAAAGAAUAUCAAGAUGUGGAUGAAGCUGUCAGAGCUCAAGGCACUGAUCCCACCGGAGGCCGUGGCUUGGAUGGGCAUAUCACGCAACAAUUAAAUGAAGAGGCCGCAAAGGAUAUAUUGGGAAGUGCAGUUUGAUUGGAGUGACCCAUCCUAGGUAUAGUGGUCUAUUCGUAAUCCGAUUCGAACCACACCCGAUCACAUCGUUUGAAUUCAUGGUAUAUCUAUCGGGCU